UAUGAACAUGGGAAAAGGAAAAAGGAAAAAAGUAAACGUGCUUAAAGCUUUUCCGUAACAUACGCAUCUUUGGCCUUGGUUUUUGGCUCUGUUACACAGCAGGCAUUCCCUCUGCAACUGCAACAUCGUAUCUUCCUUGUCCUCUUCCUUCACCUUCAGCUUAUUCCCUCACUUUUCCUUCUCUUUUUUAUGUACUCUCUCUCCUUCUACCAACUUUUCCUGUCCCUUCUUUUCUCUUUGCAACACUCAACUCUUCCUUUCUUUCCCAUCUUUCUUUUAUCUCAAAUACUCUUUUUUUGCCUCAAGGUUGCUCCUUUUUCACCUUUCAUCACACCCCAUCGAAUCCUCACCUCCCAAUUUUGUUUAUUCAAGAUAUUCAUCGUUGGAGGGGAACCCCCUGUUUCAAGUUUGUGGUUUUUCUUGUUAUUCCUUUCAUCCGUUGAGUCAGAUUGUGGGGUCCUUCAAAAUUGGGUCUUCACCUUCGAAUUUGUUGGCAUUGUUUCUCCACAUCGAUGAUGAUCAAUUUUGUAAGUGAUGCUGUAAUCUGAUUUUUUAUGUUAAAGUAAAAAAAAAAAUUAAAAUGGUGAUGCUUUGGAUGGUAGAGUGAAUCAUUGUCAUACAUGGAAGUGUUGUCGAAGUUCUAGACCGGCACCAUGAAUUCAGUAACUAGCAAAUGUUUGAUUUUGCUUGUUACUGUUUUGAUUCUUAGAGCACUGAUGUUUCCAUCCUUCCCUGGUUUUGAAAGGAUUGAAUGGAGUAACCUUGUGUAUAUACGCACUCCAUUGUUGAAUUUUGACUUUGGAAUACGACAAGAUAAGUUUUUGGUGGUUCCUCAGAUUGUGUGGGGAUUAAACAACCAGAAGAUUGCAUUUGCAAGGGCCUGUCUUACUGCUAGAAUGCUGAACAGAACAUUGUUGAUGCCAAGCCUCAGUGCCUCGUUGUUUUACAAAGAAAUUGACCUCUUGCAACCUAUUUCCUUUGACAAGAUAUUCCAGUUUGAGAAGUUUAAUACCCUUUGUCGUGGUUUUGUCCGGUUGGGGCUCUAUUCAGAUGUCUUGAAUAGAACAGAAGUGCUGGAAAUGGAAAAGGGAAGUGGCAGGAGGUGGACAGUGGAGAGAGAUUUGUCACAAUUGAAGGAGCAUGGCAAGGGCUCUUUUGAUGACCACGAGGUAAUUCGGAUUGUAGGGAAGAACCCUUUCUUGUGGCAUGAUCAUUGGCCUGUGAAGGACUAUGCAAGGAUUUUUGAGUGCCUGUAUUUGACAGAAGAGAUUGCUAAGGAAGUAGACAGGGUUGUGUCUAGGAUUAGAGCUGUUGGAAGAAAGAUAACAGGCAACACUCAAGCAGUGGAAAUUCAGAAGAAUAUCACCAAUGAUGGACCUUCUUUUGAGCCCCUUCCAUAUGUUGCUGUCCACAUGAGGAUAGAAAUUGAUUGGAUGAUUCAUUGUAAAAAAUUAGAACGGCGAUUGAAUGCUAGUCAAAUCUGCAGUGACAAGAAAGAGAUAGUGGAAAGAGUUAGGAACAUUGCUGGUUUGAAGACUCCGGUUGUUGUUUAUCUUGCUGUUGCCGAUAAACUCCUCAACAAUUCUUCCAUACUUGAAGGUUGGGAAGAUGGGUUUGUUCCUUUUGAGAAGAAAAAACUUGGUGUCGAUGGAAUUUACAAGAAGUAUCCCUAUUUAAUUCAGUCUGCAAUCGACUACGAAGUGUGUUUAAGAGCUGAUACCUUUGUGGGAAACAGUUUCUCCACAUUUUCAAGUCUUAUAGUUCUUGAAAGAACACAGAAGAUGAUAAGAAUGAAUGGCACCAACUUGUGUGGGGAAAAUGUAAGAUGGCCUUCUUAUGCUUACAACAUACCAGGAACAUCAAAUGGUCCAAAGAGAUGGGUUACAAACAUGUCAGAAUCAAAUCUUCAAUCUAUCAGCUAUGGCACCAAUCACAUCUCCUGUUAACAGUGCCUUGUUUAAUUAAGCAUUCCUGCUUCACACUUUCAGAGUAGAAAGAGCCCCUUUUUGUUGGCUCAACAUUUUCACUUCUGGGCAUGAUUGACAACUAGAAAGAAGGAUUUUGAUGUAGUGAACACACAUUUGAGGUACAGUUUCUCGUUAUGUAAAUUGAACCCACUUUUUAGGAACACGACUCUCAGGUCUGACACUGUUUUGUUGUUAAAAAACGAAACCCCUUCGAAAGGGUAAGUUUUGGUUUCUUUAUACAUUAUGUUUAUAGUUUGGGUGGUUGAUUGAUUGGGUUCAAGUGGGAGAGAAUUGAAAAAGGUUGAGAGAAGAGUUCUAUAACUGUGUCCUCUGGUUGUCUAUUUUUUUAUACACUUGCGAGAU